AUGAUUGCGGGACUGCAUACAUUUUAUUUUCGUCAGUCUGUCUCAUUAUACGACUGGUUUAGGUCGCCCCAAUCCCUCCACCAUAUGAAAAAGUGCAAAUACAUGGCUGGCAUAACGAAAUGGUCUGGAAUGAUGGUCAAAAUAUCGUUUAAGCACUCACUUCAUGUGGGCGCGGUUCGAACAAUCGGCGUCAGGUCUCGUAUUAUUUUACCUGCUUUUUUUCCUGCUCUUCAGAUUCUGUUUUCUAGCACAGCACGUUUGGAACUAAGCCUAGAAAUACUGAUCUCUCUGUACAUGUCAGAUUGGGAGGAGAGAGAGAGAGAGAGAGAGAAGUACAAAACGGAUGUAUUUUGCCGGUCGCCAGCGCCCAUCCUGACACUUUACACAUAUUAUAUAUAUAUUUAUUUACGACGACAAUCUUAUUUAUUUGAAAGAGGAGCCGACCGCGCCACCGAGCCGAUGUCGGCUGACAGAGAAUAA